AAACUACUUGGUUUUAUGCAAGAGCUGGCUUCUAAAGACAUGCAUUUGUGUGGUGCUGGAGGAAGCCUGAGGAGCCAUGGGUGCAGAUUUGGUUGGUGUGUGUGAUACAUCAGAAGAUAUAAUGUCAUACCUGAGUGGGCUGCACUCACUCUACUGCUGGAGUUUCAAAAUCAUUGAACAGACCAUAGUGGAGAAACAUGACUUUUGCUGAUGAAUUCUGUGGCCUGCAAUGAGUUCAUCCCAGGAAGUGAGAGUCAAGCUUAUGGAAAGGAGCUACAGACACGCAAAAUAAUAAUUAAAAAAUAAAACCACAUCAAAAACUCCUAUCUGCACAAGUACAAGUUGAUCUAGACGCUCAUGCAUAGAGCUGAUGAUGAAUUGCUUAUGGCUUUGGGGAGGCUAACUCUUUUGCUUUUGGUUGCAUUGGAAAUCUGAAUGCUCAUGAGAAGUAAAAUCAGAGAACGUGGGUUACUCAGUGUGCUGAAAGAUUGCAGAGGCAGCAGCAAAAAGACAAAACUUCUCUUUGAAGCAGUAGCUUCAGCUGUGUCUUACUGUGUGCACUGGGAACUGAGAGAAAUAGCAGCCAACCUAGGAGAAAAUGCCAGCUAAAGGUAAAUACUUCUUCAAUGAGAACGAUGACUGCAGGAUAUCAGACCCACUCUAUGAGAAGUACCACUAUACAAGCCAGCAGCAUCCACUCCUACUAUUGCUGCUCUUCAUUGCAAUCAUCUUCUGGACUACUCUAAUUAUAAUCUUUUUUGUUAGUCAUAAAGCACAUGAUCAUCUUGCCUUCAUUAUUGCAGUAUGUGCUGCCCUUGUCAUAUUUGCAGUCCUGUCCUUACUUUUAUGUAUUGAAUCCCUGUUUCGGAGGUGGCUAACAAUAUUUGGAGUUCUGAUUUGGAUUUGCUUCUUAAUCGUAGGAUAUGUAUACCUUUUUGAAAAAGAAAAUGAUUAUCAACUGUGGGAACAGGUGCCAUUCCUUCUAUUCAUAAUCUUCACGGUUUAUACCAUGCUACCCUUUGGGAUGAGAGGUGCUGUCAUAAUUGGUGUUCUUUCUGCUCUCUCCCAUAUUAUUGUUCUAAGUGUUGUGGUAAGCAUGACUUCUCAGGAAAAUAAGGAAUCCUUUCUAUUUCAGCUGCUUGCCAAUGCUGUAAUUUUCAUUUGUGGUAACUUGAUGGGUGCAUUUCACAAACGCCAAAUGCAGGUUGCUUCAUGGGAUUUAUAUAGAUACACAUUAAAGUGCAUUCAGGUCCGAAUGAAACUGAAGAUUGAAAAGAGGCAACAAGAAAAUUUGCUUUUAUCCAUACUGCCAGCUCACAUCUCUAUGGAAAUGAAGCUAGCAAUUAUAGAGCGACUAAAGGAAACCAAUGAUAAUAGGCAAAUGCAUGACAACAACUUCCACAGUCUGUAUGUAAAAAGGCACCAAAAUGUUAGCAUUCUUUAUGCAGACAUUGUAGGAUUCACUCGCCUUGCCAGUGACUGCUCUCCUAAGGAACUAGUGGUGAUGCUGAAUGAACUUUUUGGAAAGUUUGAUCAGAUUGCAAAGGAGAAUGAAUGCAUGAGAAUAAAAAUCCUGGGAGACUGUUACUACUGUGUCUCUGGCCUACCUGUGUCCCUACCAGUUCACGCCAGGAACUGUGUUAAGAUGGGACUUGAUAUGUGUGAAGCAAUAAAGCAGGUGAGAGAAGCCACAGGAGUGGAUAUCAGCAUGAGGGUUGGCAUUCACUCUGGGAACGUGCUGUGCGGCGUGAUCGGCCUCCGGAAGUGGCAGUACGACGUCUGGUCGCAUGACGUGUCCUUGGCCAACCGCAUGGAGUCUGCCGGAGUUCCUGGCCGUGUACACAUCACUGAGGCAACAUUAAAUCACCUAGGCAAAGCUUAUGAAGUAGAAGAAGGGAAUGGACACCUGAGAGAUCCUUACCUUGAAUCCAUGAAUAUCAAAACCUACUUAGUGGUUGAUCCAAGGUCUAAACAAUGCCUAUCAAAUAAUCAUCUCCCUAAAACAAGAGUUAAUGAUGGGCUGAAGAUGCGAGCGUCUGUUCGGAUGACACGGUAUUUAGAGUCCUGGGGAGCAGCCAGGCCCUUUGCCCACCUGAACCACAGAGAAAGUGUGAGCAGUGACUCUUCAAGUUCACAAGGGAAGCAAAGGAAGGAAAUACCUUUGUGUUCCACUGGACGCCAGAGAACUUCCGAUAGAAAUUCAUCUCAGAAGGGAAGGAUAGAGGAAGAUAUUUAUGAUGAAAUGAUGUCAACCAUCGAGGGCCUCAGUUCAACUAACAGUCCGUGGUGUGGCAAAUCAGAUGACUUCUAUGGAUUUUCCCUGAUUUUUGCUGAACCUGGUCUUGAAAAAGAGUACCGCACCAUUCCUAUUCUAAAGCUGAAGAGUUACUUCGCGUGUGCCAGUUUUGUCUUCCUCUGUAUAUUUCUCAUACAGAUGUUUAUAAUGCCAAAAACUGCAAAACUAGGAAUUUCCUUUGGCGUUGUGGCCAUCAUCAUUGCACUUAUUCUGCUUGUGUGCUUUGCUGAGAAAUGCAUGAAGUGCUGCUCAGAGCGGGGGCCUUUCCUGCGCCAUCUCUGUGCUGUCUCAGAGAAGGUGGAAACAAAGCCUUUCCUCAGGCUUCCGUUAGCAGCCCUUACUAUAGGUGCCUUGCUGACCAUAGCCAUCUUUAAUUUGACUACUGAAAAGAACAAACCUGCAAACUUUACUGGAUCAAAUUACCUGUGUGCUCCCACCUAUUCUAUAAAUCAGUCUUUUGGAAACACAAUUCAGUCCUGCAUCGAGGAAACUUAUUAUACUUACUGCUGCAUAUUGGGGUUCAUUGCUUGCUCAGUAUUUCUUCAAAUGAGCUUUGAACUCAAAGUUCUCCUCCUGUCCAUUGCUGUGACCGUAUACCUCAUCAUUUUUAAUACCCUUCACCAUAGAAACUCCUACAGCAACAGUACCAGGUUUUUCAUCAGAGAGCCAAAGAUAAUGACUAAUUUAUAUCUGGUUCUGUUUUACAUAACCCUAAUUUUACUUGCAAAACAGAUUGACUAUUACUGUCGACUGGAUUGUCUGUGGAAGAAUAAGUUUAAAAAAGAACAUGAACAGUUUGAAACAAUGGAGAAUGUUAACAGGCUUUUGCUGGAAAAUGUGCUUCCAGCCCAUGUUGCUGCAUAUUUCAUUGGUGAAAAACGAAAUGAGGACUGGUACCAUCAAUCCUAUGACUGUGUCUGUGUCAUGUUUGCAUCGGUACCAGAUUUUAAGGUGUUUUACACUGAGUGUGAUGUCAAUAAAGAAGGCCUGGAAUGCCUGCGGCUGUUAAAUGAAAUCAUUGCUGAUUUUGAUGAGCUGUUGUUAAAACCUAAAUUUAGUGGUGUUGAAAAAAUAAAGACCAUUGGAAGCACUUACAUGGCAGCAGCUGGUCUCAGUGUCACGCCAGGCCAAGAGACUCACCAGGAUAAGGAACGACAGCAUGCUCAUAUUGGGAUUAUGGUGGAAUAUGGGAUUGCCUUGAUGAGUAAACUGGAUGGCAUCAACCGACAUUCCUUUAACAAUUUCCGCCUCCGCAUUGGGAUAAAUCAUGGCCCUGUGAUUGCUGGUGUGAUUGGUGCCCGGAAACCUCAGUAUGAUAUUUGGGGCAACACUGUCAAUGUUGCCAGCCGAAUGGAGAGCACGGGGGAACUUGGAAAAAUCCAGGUCACAGAAGAAACGAGUAAAAUACUACAGGAGUUGGGAUAUUCGUGUGAAUGUAGGGGGCUCAUUAAUGUCAAAGGCAAAGGAGAGCUGAGGACUUACUUUGUUUGCACCGAGACUGCCAAAUUCCAAGGUAUGGGACUGAACUGAGGCUAUGAUGAAGUUAAUCAAAAUAGACUUAGAACUGCCUCCCUUCUGUGAAGAUGUUCAAUUUCCCUCCUUAUGUGAAGGACUUUAUUCUAAAAACAUACCUUUACGACUCCUAUUUCUUCUACAUCUCAAGAUAAGAGAAUUACUUUUUUUUUUAAAGUUCUGAAAAGUUCCCAGAAGACACAAAACCUCCAGUCUGAAAAAAAGACUACCUUUUCCUGAAAAAAAAUUGAGGAUUUACCUGGAAUUCCCCUAAAGCAUCUUCCGUUAGCUCCUUUUCUCACCUGCACUGUGGGAGUCUUAACAGCUCCAGAAACAACAAAUGUGGAUGCACUGUACAACUUGUCACAGUGUUAAAACAUUCCACUGCCUCCUUCUUUGCCACACACCUGCUUACAGUAUUGCACUUGUCACGACAUGGGAGCUGGUGCUCUGGGCACUGGAUAUCCUGCUCUUAAUGCUAAACAGGCUUCACUGCAGAAGAGCUGAAUAAUGGAAGGAAGAACGCCAAGUACACUCAAAUACAUCAUAUGAUAAUUGUGCUGAGUUCCUUUGGACAAAACAAAAAAUUACUUGCACAGUGUCUGAUCACUUUUUAAGUAUCUUCGCCUCCUUCAUAAUAGUACCUUGUAUUAUGUAAAUGUUUUCAUGACCAACAGCUGUUCAGAAAUAAUUUUCAUCUCAUUCAGUGUUUACAUUGUAUUACAUGUUCCCCUUUGUACUUGUGUGCCUCUGUAUUUAGUAUCUGCAUGGACAUUUUAUACAGUUACAUAAGAGAAUGUCUUCAAAAUUCUGGCUUUAAAUUUAAAAAACCAGACUCGACUUUGAGGAGCACUGAGCACCUGCAGUUUACCCUGCAUGCUUGAGUAGACAGGCUCUGGUAACAGCUUGUAUCACUGACACCCAGCAGGAAUUCUGCAUGCUGACUGCAUUCUUGAUGGCCCUUAUGGAGGGAAAAAUUACCAGUUUUGAAUUGUUUGGAAACUGAAGAACAGAACUAAUAAGAUACUAUUAGGAACAGUAACAGAUGCUGUAUAAACUGAAUGGCAGCUGAGGUGGGUUUUGUUGGUUUUGGUUGUGUUUUUUUUUGUUGUUGUUCUAUUCCUGUUUCUUCGAUGUGACUAACCACUGGCUGGUCUAUGUACCUUUUAAAGGCAAUGCAGUUUACAAAACAAAUUUGUUCUGAAGAUUACAAAAGGACGUGUGGAAAAACAUUGGUAAUGGAAAUGUUUCAGCAGAGCCUCAACACUGAAAGUAUGCAUAGAGCAUUAGUAAAAUCAUAGAAAUUGACUUGCUGUGAAUUAGUUUGUAAAUUUUUUUAAGCUGUUAAUGGCUUUUGCUGAUUUCUAAAUUAAGAUUUUUCUAUUUACUGAAAUCACUUAAUCUGUUUUCUGUCCAUGGAAAUGAUAGUAUUUUGUAAGGCUAACAUCAUGUGUCCAAUUAUAUGUAUUAACUAAGGAUGGAUUCCUCCCUCCCCCUGAUACACCACAUGUAGUGUGACUAAACAGCACAGUGAUUGAGUUCAGCAUCUGUCUUGUUAGGCCUUACUCUUCUACAAACAAAACAGCAUUUAUUAGUAUUUCUGGGUUUAGUACUAAACUAUACUGGAAAAGUGUUUAACAAGCAGUCCUAUGCAUCACUGCCACUUUCUAAUUACUGUGUAAUUUCUUUAGAAGAUAAAGUGACUAUGUUUCAAGACAGGAACAGAUCUGAAUAUUGUCCAACUGUGGAUUAAAAAUUGUGCUAAUAGCCUUUGUUGAUUUGGUAGGUCAAAACAGUGUUUGUGGUAAGUCUCUAAUAGAAAAUAGCAUGUUAUAAAACCUUAGUUUGAGGUUGUCUGGUUCACGUAUGGACUCUGCUGAAGGUGGAAGUUUCAUACUUGGUGUCUCAUCAGUAUGAGGUCAGUGUUGUAGUUGGAUAAAAUUCCAAACAGCUUUUGCUACUUUUGUAUGUUGUGUAUUUGUAGUAACAGAUGCUCAGCAAGCAUUUGUUUUGAGAUAUUUAUUUAUUGUUCUAUAAGGACCAUGCAUGUGUCAAAGGCUCCUUUCAGCAGCCUUUGCUGUCACGGUAGUCAAAGGAACUAUUUGCCUCAUUAAUGUAUUUUGAAAAGUGCAUUAUACCUUUAGAUAGAGCUGGCUCUGAAGUGUUUGCUGUUCACAGAACUAGUAGCAUGUAGAUGUAAGUUAACUAUGAAAGAAAAUUCGCUGCCUCUAACAGCAUUUUGAAAUGCUUUUGUUUACAUUGUGCUGCCUGUCAGGCUAGUAACUUGCUUGGGCAUAAUUUCAACUUGACCUCACUUACAGAAGUGGUAUUAAGAGCUGUUGCUUUUGAACUGGAAGAAAUAGAUUUUAGUUGGAGUUUUAAAAGGACAUUAUGCACUUACGUACACAAACACUGAGUGAGCAGUGUGCAAGCAUCCUUGGGAAAGUUAGAAAAGGUAAUGAGAGGAUUUGUAUCUGAGGGUGACUUUCUAAUUUCUCAUCUGAACUGGCAUUGUAUGAGAGCUAUAUUCAACCACAGAAAAAGUUCAAUUUAAGAAGAAACUGUAUUUAAAUGAUUGUUUUCAGCAGUCCUUUUGAGAACGAAUUGCAAUAUUGGAGACUGCAGAAAUAACCUUGUUAGAAAAUUCUACCUUACAGCACUGUUGUUUUCUUAAACUAAAAAAAUAGCACUAUAUCUAAUUUGAAGAGCUAGUAACAUCUUGAAUUAGCAUUCUGUUUUAAAGAACAAAGUUUUGGUUUUACCAUUAAAUAAAAAGCUUCCUCAAACUUGC